AUGGAUAACAAAGUAUUAGAUAUACUGCACUGUGAAAAGGUGCCUUGCUGCCGUAUAUGCAUUGAGCCCGAAACCCCAGACAGCAGACUGGCUAGCCCUUGCAAAUGCCUUGGAAAUAUGCAAUAUGUUCACCCCACCUGCAUACUGGAAUGGAUCCACAGGAGUAAGAGCCAAGUGUGCAAUCUGUGCAAACACAAAAUAAAACUGAAAAGAGUGCACACCGAUAAACACCCCACAAAAAGGAGUGUUCUGCUGUUUAUCGCAUCUUAUGUGAUUUACAUCAUGAAAAAAGCAAAAGCAUGGGCGUACAACAGGUAUGUACGUCCUCUUCAUACAGUUUUUAGUGCUCUGCUCUCACUUGUAUUUUUUAUGUGCAGACCUGUUUCAAAAAUAUUUACACUUUCUGUUCUCUCUCCUUUUCUCUCCGUUUCGUGCUUUAUGAGACGAAAACACAUAAACACCAUACACAAACAGAACAGCUACACGCUGCUCGAAACAAUGACAAAGCUAAGCAUGUUUAGUGAAUACAAUGCGAUGUAUGCUGAGCUAAGCCAGAACAUCCUUCUGGGCGAUCAGAAUAAAGGUAGCAUAAAAACACCAGAACAAGAGCUGAGGAAAAUAUUCAAUGUGAUUAUAUUCGAAGAAGACCCAGAGAGCAUCUUUCAGCUAAACUAUAGCCCACGCAACUACUUUGUUUUUUUCAUCUCCUUGGCGGUCGUAAGCGUAGCUUCACACUUUCUGAUCCCAGUUGAUGAUUUGCAGAAUGGUUUGGUCUUUGUGAAUGUUAUGCUGUCCACUGCCAUCCUUCUUCUUAUUAUGUACGUUACAUUCUGUCUGUGCAAUAUUUUUAUUUCUCUGUUCAAAAUAAGCAGCAAGUGUGUAAAUAUAUCGAUAGUGUAUUGCAAGCUGCUUAUCAUCAUCUUCUUAAGAUACGUAAUGCUGCCAUACUUUGUAAGCAGUGUUGUAGGCUAUGCGUCCAGAGACUCUGUUCAUUUUUUGCUAGCACGCUCGGAGUGCUCGAUUGCCUUAAGAAAGAUGUGCACUAUUUGUGAUUUUAAGAGACAUUCUGCUUUCUUGUCUAGACACUUUGGCGCAUAUCUUCUCAUUAGUUUUGAUGCGAGUAGUUUCAAAAGGCUAGAAAUAUUUGUAGACAUGGUGAGCGUGUUUUUUGUCCUAUUUGGGAAUGCACUUAUCGCACUGCUUGAAGCGGUGAGUAGAAGAGUGUCUUGGCUUGUGCGCCCUGGAAUGUGUGCCUUAGUGUGUCCACUAGAUGUCUUCAUUAGCAGAAUCAUCAAGGACAGCAUUUUAGACAACAUUGUAGGAUAUUUUGUGAUUGUGUGUGUAUUUGCAUGCAUUUCUAUGGGUGUAUAUGUUCCUGUGUACUGCAUACACUAUCUGAUGAAAAACGAAUAUUUGCUUAGCAUGAAAAAAGACGCUAAAGCUCCCCUAGAAACAGUUGCAUGGAUGUACUACUAUGUUCCCCUGUUUAAAUUUCUUCUCAAUGGGGUAAUACAGGCAUACAUAGGCAGUAUUAAGGAUGUGUUCAGCACCAUCACACAAAAGCUAUCGCAUUCGCUCAAGAUUGGCUCUUUACUCUUUGACGGCACACUUCCUCAUAUAGGAGAUGAUCUAAGACAUCUGCACUACCUGCCAUCUCGCAACUCUGUGCCGUAUAAUAAAGAGGAAAUACGCAAGAGAAGACGCCUUUUGGUUACACAGGAAGAAAAGAAUAUGUACUUCGACAAGAAAGGACACAAAAGACACAUAACUGGGAAAAGAUUUGUGAAUUUGGACGCAGAGGAUAAAGAGUGGGCUGUGUCUGUGAUGGGGGCAAGAAGAGCUGAGCUGCUCUAUAACCCGCUGUACUCCCUCUUCUAUGUUCCACCAUUUGCCAUACUUCGUGUGCUUCUUUACAUAUUCGUAGCAUUUCUUUUAUUCUGUGCGCUGUCUAUUGCGGCUGUUUUGUCUCUCUACGAGUUUUUUGUAUGCCUGGAAAACUUCAGAAGAGAAAGAGCAGCAGAUUUAAUUCCGAAUGUGCUCCAAAAUUUAAAAAGUGUACUUUUUGUAAUAAGCACGUCUCUGGCCAUUUUAUGUGCCUCUUUUAGAAAGAGAAGGUUCCUAGUAAUUGUAAAGAUGCGCUAUGCCCUAAGCCACUGCAUUGUGCUUUGUGUUCUUCCUUUUGUGUCUCUGCUGUUUACCAUUCUUUUUAAGAUGGUAUUUGUUGAACCAAUGGGAGAAGAAUUCUCUGCACACUCUGGGCACUUUAUGUGGGCUGUUUCGUAUGCAGUUUCUCUUGACAUUCUUCUAAGGAACAGCAGCAAGUCUGCUAGAACUCUUCUGCAGGCUGCAGGCGCUCUCUUUCUGUUCCUUGUGUUUGAUGUGAUAAUUUGCAACGGCUGUCUAAUAGAAAAAAGUGCAUACUUUAAAAUGUGCAUGGUUUUGUUCCCCUUUAUUCUCUCCUACAUAACUGAAGGGCUCCGUGCUGUGGUAUAUGGCAUACUUCAUCUACCAAAGUCUGUAAAAACAUACAUGCUCCACUAUGGCACUGAAAUAGCUCUCUCGGAAACAAUACCUGAGAACACAAAUGCUGUAAAUUAUAAAAUAUCUAGCAGUUAG